AUGACAACGAUGUUCGUCCAACUGCGCCGUGUGGUGUACCUGUUGGUACUUCUGCAGUGCUGUGUGUGUGUGGCAUACGCUAAUAAUGCGGAAAGUGUUACGGAUCCCAUCACGCAUGAAGAAAGUGAUCUUUCAUUGUUUCUUAACGAAAUGAUUAAGGAUCUGUAUAGGCAGAGAGAUAUGUUUAAUGAUAAUCUUGCGUUAUUAACGACCACACAGAAAAAUUGCAGUGAAGCUUUGAAUCGUGCUGAGAAUGCAACAACUAAGGUGCGUGAAGUUGAUAAGCUUUUGGAUACUACAAGGCGCACGAUGCAUAUGUCUGAAAAUGUGAAUGAGAAGGAGAGUGAAUUAAAAGAGUUGUUGAGGAAGGCAAAAGAUACAGUAAAAGAGGGCAGGGAAGCCGCUGACAACGCGAAUUCGAUAGCUACAGCAACAAUGGAUUUGGUGAGUUCAAUGCAGAGUGGUACAAUGGAAUUGCACAGCCUGGCAGAAUUCCUUAAGAACAUUGUUGACGAACACAUUAACGACGGUGGAAGGAAGGAAUUGCUUGAAGAGUACCAGAAAAAAGCGAAGGAGGUGGAAUCUUCCGUUGACGGUGUCGAAAACAUCUUGUCAAGUGCCAACGAGGUGGCAAAGAAGACCGAGAUACAGGCGGAAGUUGCCUCCUUUGAAGCAAAAAAUCUUCAAGCAUUUAUUGAUGAAAUGUUUAAAAAGUACCCACAGAUAAAAGAAGAGGUGGAACGAGAAAGUAAAGAGACGACUCAAACAAGCAACAAUUCGACGAAUACAGGAAGUGAAGGUAAUAAGACGCCAUCACCAAACGAAAAUAAGGAGUCGAACGGUACAGUUUCAACUUCGCAGAAUAAAGAGGAGAUAAAGAACCCGAAUACCCAUUCCGCACAAGCUGAGGCGGGAAGCCAUACAACUGCCCAACAGCAGCAGAAUGAACAGGGCUCUAAGGGGCAAAAUAAUAAGGAAAGCAAAGAUGAGACACAAGACAAAAAUCAGAAUUCUCAGAGCAACACUCCGACUGACAGUAACUCAUCUGCUACUGGAACUUCACAAUCACAAAAUAUACCAACUAAUUCCUCUUCUUCAGCUUCAAUCCAUUUGAAU